AUGGCUUAUGAUGACUCCAAGAAGAAAGAAGAGUUCCUAGAGAGUGACCGAAGUGUUGAUGACGGGCUGGCAACUGGCAGGAUACAGCGAGAGAAAAAGCGCUCUUACAAGGAUCUGCGGCAAGAGGAAGAUGAGAUAGCAACUCAGGUCAGGAAGCCCUCAGAGAACAGGUUGAAGGACAGCGAGCGUUCUCCAGGGACAGAACCUCACAAAAAGAAGAAAAAGCACUCCUCUGAUGAGUUCUGCUACAGAGGUGUUACGCCUCUGGAUCUACCAUCAAAGAAGAAGAAAAAAGCUGUUUCUAGCCCAUCCUCAGCUGAUACAACCAUGGAUUUACUCAAGGCUAUCACCUCACCUUUGGCCACAAGCUCAAAGUCUUCAAAGAAGACCUCUGAAAAAUCAUCUUAUUCUUCAUCUGGCCAUUCCGAAAGCAAAAAGGAGCACCCCAAGAAGAAGCUGAGUGGCAGCAGUGGGGAGCACUCAGUGGAUGAUGGUAGCUUCCAUAAAUCUAAAAAAAUGAAACCUCUCUAUGUGAACACAGAGACGCUUACUCUUCGUGAGCCUGAUGGCUUGAAGAUGAAGCUCAUCCUUUCACCAAAAGAGAAAAGUAAUGCAGCAGACGAUGAUUCUUUCUCUUACUCUUCAGCACCAGCAGCUUCAAAGAAAUCUUCAAAGAAAUCAGCUCGAGAUGAGCAAGGCUCAUUGCAGAGCUUUCUGAAGUCAUCCCGGAAGAAGCACAAGCCACCUCCAGACUCACAUCCACCUUCUGAGAGUUUUGGUGCUGACACCUCCGUUUUUUCAGAGGGCCAUGGGAGCGAGUAUGAGAUUUCAGGUAUGGAGGCACCACCAGAAUCUGGCUCCUCUUCUGGUGGGGAGUUGGAGGCUGGAGAGCUAGUGAUAGAUGACUCCUACCGGGAAAUCAAGAAGAAGAAGAAGUCAAAAAAAAGUAAGAAAAAGAAAGACAAGGAGAAACACAGAGAGAAGAAGCACUCUAAGUCUAAAAAGAGCUCUGGGCACAGUUCUUCUGAAGUAACAGUGUCACCACCACCUCCUCCCAGUACCCACUAUGUUCUUCCUCCACCUCCUCCUGCUGUUUUUCACUCAGAUGGUCAAAGUGAGAAGAGAAGGAAAAGGGAAGACAAGGAGAAGGACAAAGAAAGAGAAAGAGACAGAGAAAAACCAAAGAAGAAAAACAUGUCUGCCUAUCAAGUGUUCUGUAAGGAAUAUCGUACGAAUAUUGUGUCUGAGCACCCUGGAAUAGAUUUUGGAGAGUUAAGUAAAAAAUUGGCAGAAGUGUGGAAGCAGCUACCUGAGAAGGAUAAACUGAUCUGGAAACAGAAAGCUCAGUAUCUCCAACACAAGCAGAAUAAAGCAGAGGCUACUACUGUGAAGAGAAAGGCAUCACCUUCAGAUGGUGCACCGAAAAUAAAAGCUUCUCCAACAGGAGUGAUUUCCCCUCAUAAGAAAUCCCCCACCAGCACUGUAGUGGUGCCUUCCUCACCAGCCAAAGCCCCUGAGACAGAUCCUAUUGACGUAGCUGCACACUUACAGUUGCUGGGUGAAUCUCUGAGCCUUAUUGGACACAGACUGCAGGAAACAGAGGGAAUGGUGGCUGUUUCAGGAAGUUUGUCAGUACUUUUAGAUUCAAUCAUCUGUGCUUUGGGCCCAUUAACGUGUCUGACCACACAACUGCCUGAGUUGAAUGGCUGCCCUAAGCAUAUUUUGUCAAACACACUAGACAACAUCGCCUACAUCAUGCCUGGACUUUAAUGGGAAAGAGAACUCAACCUCUGCAUAACUGACUUGUGUACAUAUGCACUACGCUGGCACUCCUGAAGGGCUCCGUGUGUAGGGUUUUAAAGUUUUAUAUCUGUGUAGUAUAUACAUAGGA